UCUAAAGGAGAAAAGGUUAGAAACAUUGGACUUAAGUGAUGGGAGAUGCUUGUAAGUAUGCAGUGGUUACAGGAGCAAACAAGGGAAUUGGCUUCGAGACUAUUAAGCAGCUCGCGAAUUCAGGUGUAACAGUUGUCUUAACAGCCAGAGACGAAAAGAGAGGAACUGAAGCAACAUCCUUGCUGAAUGAACAAGGAUUUUCAAAUGUUGUCUUUCAUCAGCUUGAUGUUCAAGAUGCUCAGAGCAUUGAGUCCUUAGCAAAGUUCGUACAAACACAAUAUGGGAGGCUUGAUAUUCUGGUAAAUAAUGCUGGAGCUUCUGGAAUGGUACCUGAUGAAGAUGUCCUAAGGGCCAUUAACAUGGAUCUUGUAGACUGGUUACCAGGAAGGAAAACUUUCGAUGAUAUUCGAGUUGUGAUGAAAACAACGUACGAGAGUGCCAAAUUAUGCUUGGACACUAAUUACCAUGGUGUAGAGAAUGUUACUGAAGUUCUUCUUCCACUGCUGCAAAAUUCCCCUUCACCAAGGAUUGUUAAUGUCUCCUCCCGUAGAGGAGCUUUAAACAUAAGUAAGACGAUCAUUCUCCGAAUGCCAAACGAGGAGAGGAGAAAGGAGCUUGGAGAUAUUGAAAACCUGACAGAAUAUAAAAUUGACGAGAUUCUGCAGAACUUUUUGCAUGAUCUGAAACAAGACUCUCUCGAGGUGAACGGUUGGCAGAUGAUGCUACCAGCAUAUAGCAUAUCAAAACUAUCACUUAAUGCUUACACCAGAGUUCUUGCAAGAAAGUACCUGAAAAUGUGCAUCAAUUGUGUCCAUCCUGGGAUCAGCGAUUGCUCUCUCUCUCUCUUUUGCGCUCUUUUGCCUGAUGGAGGACCUACUGGUUGCUACUUUGAUCGUACAGUAGUCUUCGAGUUUUAG